AUGGUUCGCAUUGAGCAAGCCAAGGGCCUCUUGGUCGCUGCUGUUGGGCUUGCGUCAAUCACCCCAGCCCUGGCCGCCCCUCAGAACUCUCUACAGCCCCGCCAAAAGAAGAAUGAGACGAGUCCAUACUUCGAUGCUGUCUCUGACUAUGUCGACUCGAUUGAAAAGGACAUGUGGUCCAUCAACAAGGAAAUCCACGACAACCCAGAGCUCGGUUACAAAGAGUUCAAAGCGCACAAGCUCUUGACAUCUUUCAUGAAGAGGCAAAAGGGAUGGAGCGUGAAUGAUACGGUCGGUGGUAUUGAUACUGCCUUCAUGGCUGUUUUCGAGGGCAGCGGAGAUGGUCCUGUUGUCAGCUUUAACGCCGAAUAUGACGCGCUUGAAGGACUGGGCCAUGCAUGUGGUCACAACCUUAUCGCUACAGCAUCACUCUCUGGAGCUUUGGCAACCGCCGAGAUUAUGCGCAAAGAGAAGCUAACCGGCAAGGUUAUCCUCUUCGGUACCCCAGCCGAGGAGUCACUGGGCGGGAAGGUUAAGAUGCUGGAGGCUGGCGUUUUCAAGGAUGCCAAGAUCGACAUCUCCCUCAUCUCGCAUCCCGGCAAUGGCGCCGACACACCAUACAUGCUUACAAUGUCGACCGAUCGCUUCGAUGUCGAGUACAUUGGCAAGGAGUCCCAUGCUGCGGCAGCUCCUUGGCAGGGUAUCAAUGCGCAGGACGGCCUGCUGCUUGCCAACAGCGCUCUCUCCUACUUGCGACAGGAGAUGCGACCUACAGACCGCGUCCAUGGCAUCAUCCAGUCGGGAGGCAGUCGCAUCAACGUCAUUCCGGCUCUGUCAUCGGCCAGCUAUCAGAUCCGCUCUGCUGAUGACGAGCAACUUGAAGAACUGACUGAUCGCGUUGUCAACUGCUUCAAGGCCGGUGCUCUCGGUUCAGGAGCCAAGCUGAACCUCACUAUGCGGCCAUAUGGCUACGCCAACAUGAACAACAACGAUGGCCUUGCCGCUUCGUACACUCGAUGGUUCGAGGAGCUUGGUGGUGACUUGCCCGAUGCUGACAUCGACAAGACUCGCCAGCCCGGAGGCUCGACCGACCAGGGAAACAUCAGCCACGACUUCCCUGCCAUCAGCCCCCAGUUCCAGAUCACCUUUGCCAACGGUACCGUCCCUAAGGGUGGACCUCACACAGAGGAUUUUGAAGAGGCAGCUAUCAGCAAGCCCGCGUUUGAGAAGGCGCUUAUGGUGGGCAAGAGUCUUGCGGGUGUUGCUGUGGAUGUUUUGACGGUGGAUGGAUUGUUGGAUGAGAUUAAGGCCGAGUUUAAGAAGUCGAAGCCUUCCAAGUUGAGGAGGCGGGACUAUUAG